CAUGCGCAUAUUCUAUCAAACGUUAUUCAGCCAUUUCCCUCUCUCUUGAAUUAUUGAUUCAUCAAUGGCGUUCAACAGAAUUAUCUCUCAGCGCCUCCUCACCAUGUCGAGGAUGACGAACACGGCGCUCACCAAUUGCCGCACUUCCUUACCUCGCACCGCCGUUAAAUCGGCUGCUCUGAGUCAUCAGACGUCGCCCGCCCCCGAUCCCGGAGAUGACGGUAUAUUCCGGCGAUAUCUCCACCGCCAAUCGGCGGCGGCGCCGACGACGUCUGCGGCACGGUUCCUCCCGACUGGCGAGAAGCUUCUGGAGAAGCUCCGCGAGAUGGACAUUUCCAGAGAACGGAUCAGGCUCGACGGCCUCCGCCCGCCGCAGGCGACGGAGGAGUCGCGGGAGGAUACUAUGACGGUGAUGGACGCGAGGAAGAUUCUCAGGCUGUCGCAGCUUGAAACGGUGAAGUCGAAAUUGAGGCAGAUGGACAAGGAUUGCGUGUCGCAUCCAGAAUUUCUGGAGAUUUGUGCUAAGGCGUGCUCCAGUCCGGAAUUAGGGCACGAAUUCGCCAAAAUACUCGAUGAAUCUGGGAGCGUGAUUGUCUUCGGAAGCGUCGUGUUCCUCAGGCCUGAGCAGGUGGUGAGAGCAAUCCAAGGACUAAUGCCUCUAGCCCCAAAACCAGACGAUCCAAGAAUGAAGGAGCUGGAAGAACUGGAGAAGCAGAAGGCAGUGAUCGAUAGGAAAGCAGAGUCGUAUGUUUGUAGGGAGCUCUGGGUCGGGUUAGGCUACCUUGUUGUUCAGACAGCGGCCUUCAUGCGCCUAACGUUCUGGGAACUAUCGUGGGAUGUGAUGGAGCCAAUCUGUUUCUAUGUGACAUCGAUGUAUUUCAUGGGAGGGUAUGCCUUCUUCCUGAGAACGUCGAAAGAGCCCUCAUUCGAGGGGUUCUUCCAGAGCAGGUUCGGUGCCAAGCAGAAGCGCCUCUUCAAGUCGCUGAAUUUUGAUGUGGAGAGGUAUGAUGAGCUGAAGAGAGCUUGUCAUCCGCAGUCCACGGAAACGGCUGCAGCCCUUUCCUUUGCGACUCCAACCCAUAGAAAAUGAGAUCAGAUAAAUGAGCAGUAGAAAUCACUGAUUAACAGAAAUCUUCUUCUUUCAAUCACUCUGAACCCGAGUAGGUUGUUUGGGGUGGGUGAUCGCAGUAUGUAUUUUAAUUUAGUUGAUAACGAAUACACUGAUUUUUAUAAAAAUACAAUUUUUAAAAUUA